ACGAACCUUCUAGAAAGAGCAGAAACCCCCGUAGCCUUUGUUGUCGGAGUUGGUGAAAUUUUCUUUUAGAAUUAGUAAUUAUUUAGUUAAUAUUUGUGGAAGAUUCCGGUAAUAUAAGAAAAAAAAAGCUCGGCUACACUCUUUCUGUUUUACUCUAUAUUUAUACAUCUAUUCUAAUAAUUUGAUUUCUAGAUAAGACCAUGGCAGAAGAUUUUGAUGUGGAAGCUAUGUUAGAAGCACCAUACAGAAAAGAGGAUGAUUCAGAACGAUACAAUGGAGGUCAUUCAGCUGAUAAAGAAAAUAGAAGGAGUAGUGUUAAGAAGAAGAAAAGGAGCAGAAGUAGGAGUAGAGCCAGAGAUAGUAAACGUAGUAGGAGUCGAGAUAGGCGAAGCCGUAGUCGAGACCGCAGGAGUAGAAGUCGUGACCGUCGGAGGAGGGAUAGAAGCAGGAGCAGAGAUCGCAGAAGGAGUAGUGUUAAGAAGAAGAAAAGGAGCAGAAGUAGGAGUAGAGCCAGAGAUAGUAAACGUAGUAGGAGUCGAGAUAGGCGAAGCCGUAGUCGAGACCGCAGGAGUAGAAGUCGUGACCGUCGGAGGAGGGAUAGAAGCAGGAGCAGAGAUCGCAGAAGAAGAAGUUAUAGCCGAGGUCGAAGAGACAGGCGUCGAACAAGAAGUCGCAGCAGAGAUAGACGAAUCAGUAGGGACAGAAGAUCUAGAUCUCCACGUCGAGAUCGUCGCAGGCACAGAACUAGGUCCCGCACACGAUCACCCAGCAGGCAUUCUCCCCGAAGAAGUCCUUUAGGGUCUGGUACUCAGUUUUUUGACAGCCUUCAUCAUAAUAAUUUGCCUAAUGAUGAUCUUAGUCCAGAAGACAGAGAUUUACGUACAAUAUUCUGCAUGCGUCUUUCUCAGAGAGUGCGUGCUAGAGAUUUAGAAGAGUUUUUUUCAUCUGUUGGACCAGUUCGAGAUGUCAAAAUUAUCAUGGAUAAUAAAACAAGACGUUCAAAAGGUAUUGCUUAUGUUGAAUUUGUCAGUGUGGAUUCUGUUCCUCUUGCUCUUGCUCUUAAUGAUACUGAACUUAUGGGCUAUAAAAUUCAUGUCCAAUUAUCUCAAGCUGAAAAAAACAGAGUUGCUGCUAGUUCUAGCUCCAUAAUGAAAGGAACUCCGGGGCCAAUGAGGCUGUACGUUGGGUCCCUUCAUUUCAAUAUUACUGAAGAAAUGUUAAGAGGAAUAUUUGAACCUUUCGGAAAGAUUGAAAGAAUUGAAUUGAUAAAGGACACAGAAACCGGUAGAUCUAAAGGCUAUGGCUUUAUUAGUUUUUAUGAUUCUGAAGAUGCUAAAAAAGCUUUGGAGCAAUUAAAUGGAUUUGAAUUGGCUGGUAGACCAAUGAAAGUAGGACAUGUAACUGAACGAAAUGAUAUUACUCAAGGUCCAUCAUUUUUAGAUAGUGAUGAACUUGACCGUACAGGCAUUGACUUGGGAGCAACUGGUCGGCUUCAACUUAUGGCUAAACUGGCAGAAGGCACAGACUUAAAUAUACCAGCAGCAGCUGUGUCUGCCCUGCAGAUGUCUCAAGGAAUUGUUGCUCCUCAACAACAAGUUGCAGCUCCAGCUAUUGCUACUCAGUGCUUUUUAUUAUCUAACAUGUUUGAUCCAGCCACCGAAACAAACCCUACUUGGGAUGAAGAAAUACGAAAUGAUGUUAUCGAGGAAUGUAAAAAGCAUGGCGGGGCUAUGCAUGUGUAUGUAGAUAAAAUGUCUCCACAGGGAAAUGUGUAUGUUAAGUGCCCUACGAUUGCUGCAGCUGUUGCAUCUGUUACCGCAUUGCAUGGACGAUGGUUUGCUGGUCGAGUCAUUACAGCUGCUUAUGUCCCUGUUGUAAAUUAUCAUAGUCUUUUCCCAGACUCCAUUGUUGCUCCAAUUUUGGGAUAAACUUAUGAAGUCUUACUUGGUGUACAGAAAUUUGUUUAUGUUAAAUGACUUUUUCUUGAACUUCAUAUGUAAAUAUCAUUUUGUGCUUUUGUAUAUUAUCUAUCAACCAAAUAUGUAAUAAAAACAAUUAACUUA